AUGAAUACGCAACAUGACACCAGGGAUCCUUCUUAUGCAAGCGUCAUUGAUGGAGAUUUGGCUCAAGACGAGCCAGGAACAUACUUGCUCUUCCCUAGAUGUAAACCAAUAACAGAUCUGAUUUGGUUCGAUAAUCUCUUUGGGGCCUCUGAUGAAGAUACAGAAUCCUGGGCUGUAUGA